AUGGCGCCUCCAGUGUAUGUUAAAGGUGGUAGUUGGAGUACCACAGAAGAUCAAAUCUUGAUAGCGUCUAUUCAGAAAUAUGGUACACAUAAAUGGAAUAAGAUAGCUUCGUUAAUACCACAUAAGACGGGGAGACAAUGUAGAGAAAGAUGGGACCAAUAUCUAAACCCCAAUGUUAAACAACAGAUCGAACGCCCCUUUUCUAAAGACGAAGAAACUCGAUUAAUAGAAUUAGCACGAAUUCGUCCAGGACAAUGGCUAGCUAUUGGCGAUACAUUACAACGUCCUGCAUUACAAUGUCAACAACAUUAUGAGAGUCUCCUUGGUGAAAUGGAUGGGAAUUCCCUUAACAAAAAUAAUGAUUUAGAAUUAAGGGCAAGAGAUCCUCAUGCAGCGACAAGACCUGCUAUACCGUCAGAAACUCUUGAAGGUGCUAUUACCACAACAAAGGAAAAUGCACAAGGUAGAACCACAGUGACUACUUUGAAUGAAGAUGAACGAGAAAUGCUUGCAGAGGCAAGAGCUCGUCUUGCAAAUACUACUGGUAAGAAAGCUCAACGAAGAGCUCGCGAAAGAUUAAGAGAAAAGUCUCGUCAAACUGCAAGGUUACAAAGAAGAAGAGAAUUGAAAUAUGCUGGGCUUGCUAAAAAGUCGAGAUUUAGUGAUUUCAACGAUGAUGAAAUCUUAUUGGAACAUGCUCCACCAGAAGGUCCAUAUGAUACUAGUCUAGAGGAUCAACGUAAUGCACAAAAAUUGGUUCAAUAUCAUCAUAAAGUAGAUCAUGGGUUUCUUGCAGGACAAAAUGAUAAUAAACAAGGUGAGAAACGGAAAAUAGCGAAAGGACAAAAAGUAGAGGGGAAAGUACAAGUAGAUACGGAAUCUAUCCUUCUUGAUGAGUAUCGUAAACCUAAAUUUCUAUGGUCAUCUAAGAAUGAACACGUUAAGGAUGAACCUUUAAAAUUUACCAUACGAUCACGAGUAUCUACUGAGAAACAACUUUCUAAAUUAUUUGCACAAUUACCACCACCUUUAAAUGAUUUUGAAAUUAUUUUGGAAACAAGUGAUUCUGAACCUGAUGAAGAUGAUAAUAAUGACAACACCAAUAUAUUUGAACCAAGUGCAGAGACUAAUGAAAACGUAUCAGAUGCUAGUGAUACCGACAAUUCCAAAUCCCAAUCUGAAAUCACUGCAUCUGAUUUAACAUUUGAUAGUGCCAAAAUGCCCGAUUUUAAUUCCCAAGAAUCACAAUUUGAAAUAGAAGAAGAUAGAUCGAAAUUAUUAGAUAGUAUCAACAUCCGAUUGAAAAAUAUUCGUACGUUACAAGAUAUGCUUAAUGAUGAUACUAAUGCAUUACAAACUUUAAAUAAUUCUCAAUCAGAAAACCUCAUUUUGAAAAUGAAUCAUGUAAGAGAAUUACAAACCGCUCAUCAUGUACUUUAUACCACUAUAAAGAAUGACCAACAAGCAUAUAAAGGAUAUUCGGAUGCGUAUACACUUUAA